UCAGAUUUCCCCCCUCUUUUCUAGAAGUUCAUUCGAUUAUGGUGAUAUUCUGAUUCAGAGAAUAGCAAUUUUUUUAACAUCUUUAUUGGAGUAUAAUUGCUUUACAAUGACAAUUUUUUACCAUCAUUCACCAUUUGACCAAAAUAUAUAUUAAUUUGAGGUAGACCUCAAAUUACAUACUGCAGGUGUAGCUACAGUCUAAAAAUAGCUUAGUAGGCUCAAGAGCAGGCCCAACAGGACGGUUCUCAUACUUUUGUGAUUUAUAGCUUCUUUCACUGUUAUGGGCAUUGACGAUUCAUUUGCUGAAAUACAGGUUUGGGAGGACUUUGGGUCACGUUCAGCCUGUUUGAAAGGAGGGCCUUGCUGGAAACUCAGGGUUAUGUGGUUGUCUUACUGUAACAUACGCUCUGUCAGCCUUAGAUACACAACCUCCGUAGAUAGCACUUGGUUCUUUGCUGUCCGUUAGUACAGACCCAGCAAACCCCAACUUCAAUAAUCCGAGAUAUAAGGACGACUGUAGUUUUGGUCCUAACACCGGCCACGUGGGAUGUGAACCGCUUCCCCUUGGGAGCCACAUUUGCAAUUUCUGCAAGUGAUGAACGUCGUCUUCAUCACAUAUCUGUGCCUCAUGGUCUCUGAUUCUAACCCACUGUCUCCCUACGCCCUGUCCGGCACCUGGACCUCGCACUCCGCCCAUUUCCACCUUCCUGCAUCGGGCUGCCCUCCCCCUGGCGCCUCCCUUCAGACGGGGCCUGCUGAUUGGGCCUCCAGAAAGAAAAACGCUUCCCAGAAUGAGUCCUGGUUUGUGGCUGGGGCCUAAGCACCAAUCUGUUGAGCACUCUCGGGGUUUGUGAGAAAACAAGACCCACCUAGUUCCGUAGAACAAACCGUUCGCGAGCGGAGCCGAGCGAAGCCUGGCCAGCCGGUGGGGCGCAAGUGGCCGCCGGGGCCGGCAGGGGGCGCGCUGCCGCGGCGGGCGGGCGGGCGGCGCGUCUAGGCCCGAGCGGUCCCUGGGGUGCGCUCGGUGCCCACAAAGCGCCUGCUGAGGGGCCGCUGCGGGCUGAGCGCGGCUGAGCCUGCCUGCCACCCGAGUUCCACCGGCCGGCUGCCCCGCGCCUCUGCCGCGUCGCCGCGCCCCGAGCAGCCGGGCCCGACGGCAGUGCGAGAGCCGGGUCGGGAAGGCAGGGCCGGGCGGGUGCCGCCUACGGAGAGGCCGGGGGUCGGCCUGCGUGGGGCAGCGCGGAGGCGGCGGCAGCGGCGGCGACUCCGGCCCGGGCCGGACAGCGCAGGACCAUGGCCGAGGCAGCCCCGGCUCCGGUGAGGGCGGCCUGCGCGCCGAGCUCAGUGAGCCCGGGAGGGUCGGGGCGCCUCGGGCUCUGCGGUCGGACCCGAGGGAAGGGAGGAGGGCGGGGAUCCCAGCCUGUCAGGCUCGGGGCCCCGGAGCGGGGCGCAGCCCGGACGGCCGAGCACAGACACCCACCGGGGUGCCGCCGGCAGGGGAGGGGCCUGGGGGGGACCCCGACGCCGAGCGCGGGUCUGGGACAGCUCGCCCUCCCCCAUCGUUGGGUCCCUGCGCCUGGGUGUGAGGCCCCGGCUCGCCCAUCCCGUUUGGAGGUUUCCAGCGGAGAGAGCCUCUUACACCAAUGGAAGAGGAAUGAGUGAAGCGAUCCUCGCCUGGUGCCAGCCCCGCUCCUGCCUGCCGGACGCGGGGCAGUGGAGUUGGCUUGGUUUGGGGUUUUCAUCAGCCAUUCUCCAGCCCUGGGAGCCGACCCCACAGUCACCCUCGCUGCCGCCUCCGUGAGCCUCGCGCAGCCACAGAUGCCGUGGUGACGGCAACACUUAGGUGUGUUGAAGGACCGCCGGAGGACAGGGAUCCCCAGUGCCCAGCCCGUGACGAUGCCGGACACGCAGGAGGCCCUCUGUCGGGAUUGCAGAGUGAACUAGCGGUGCAGGUUCGGAGGGCGGGAUUACCUUCUGCGUGUUUUAUUCGUUACGCGGAUGUUUACUGCAGGCCUGCCGCGUGCCAAGCCCGCUCCGGCAGUUGCUAAGCCUGCAGAGCUGACCAAGACAGUCGCUGCACACAAGAGCCGUGCAGAACCAGCAGGGACUAGUCAAGUAACAGGACCGGAAACGAUGCCUUGGAUUUGCCAGCUAAGAAGCCUCUGCUCACCCCAAAGAGAGUCAUUGUAGUGGAUCAGGAGCCAGACUGGCCUACAGAGUAGUGACCCGAAAGUGAGAGGGGGGGAAGAAGAGGAGGAAAAAGGGAGCAGCAGCAGUGGGGGUGGGGGAUCGAGCAGAGGGAAUGUCAUCUGUGCCCUCAGACCUAUUUUUCCCUUUUGGAUCUUGUUUUUCAAUAUGGUAGAGAUGAUCAUGUGUCUGUAUGCCAGCCCUGUCCAAUAGAAACAUAAUAGAAGCCACGUAUAUAACCUUAAACUUUCUAGCAGUCACAUUUUAUUUUCUUUAUUUAUUUAUCUAUCUAUCUAUCUAUCUAUCUAUUUAUUUAUUUAUGCCCAGUGGCCUGCUGAGCCCUCGGCAGUGAAAGGGGGGAGUCCUAACCACUGGAUGCUGGGGAAUUCCCAGUAGUCACAUUUUAGAAGUAAAGAGAAAUAGAUGAAAUGAACUUCAAUGAUAUGUUCUAUUUAACCCAAGGCUUACAAAAUAUUUCAGUGUGUGAUUAGUAUUAAGAAAUUAUCGAUGAGGUUUUACAUUUUCUCCCCACACUCAGUCUUCAAAAUCUGGUGUGUAUUUUUUACUCACGGCACAUCUCAAUGGAAAUAAAUGCACCUCAAGUGUUCAGUAGCCACACGUGGCUACCAUAUUGAACAGUGCAGGUCUGUCCCAUGGAGAAGACACGGGAGAGAUUGAAACAUUGACCAUAAACAAGAGGAAAGAUUCGUGUACCUAAAAAUGUGGAAGGAGGUGGCAUUCAGAGCAUUAAGUGGAGAGAUUCAUUUUAAAUAGGAUGCACCUUUUUCCUGAGGGAAGGAAAGAAGAAAGCAUGGACUAAGCUACUGAUGAGUUUGAAGUGGGAAGGAGGGUGAAGAAAAAGAAGAGAAAGAGGAGAACGUUGAGAGAGUUGAGGUCUAAUAAUUCUAACCCUCUUCUCAAAGUAGGAGGCCGCGUCAUCUCCUGAGAGUGAGGGGCCCGCAGCGGACAGGAGUCUUCCCGCUCAGCCUGCGCUCCCUGAAGCAGCAACAGCAACGUCACCUUGUUUUCAAUGCAAACUCCCAGUUUUCCUACCCGACCUACUGAAGCAGAGUCUUGCAUUUUAGCAGGGCCUCCAGAUGAUGCUUAGGCUCAUUAGUUUGAGAAGUGCUGUACUAAAAGCUGGAGAGGGCCAGGGGCUUGUGGUGGCCACGCUGUGGAAUGGGAAGCGGAGUGUGGGGCACAGGGCAGUGCUGAGUCCCUGCUGAGCUUAGAGACCGUGGGUGUGUGGUGACACCAGUUUACCUGGUUGUGUGACUUCAUUUCGUAGGGCUUACCAGCCUGCUUCCAGGAACAGAGAAUGAGAACAAUUGAAGUGAUUCAAAGCCGGAGGUUAGCCGAGCAGACUUCUGAAUGGGACUCCGAAUGCCUUACAUCCCUGCAGGCGCUUCCUCUUCCCACACCCCCAGCAGCAAAUGAAGCACACCUGCAGACUGCGGCCAUCUCCUUGUGGACAGUAGUGGCGGCCGUGCAGGCUAUCGAGAGAAAGGUGGAGGUCCACAGCCGGCGACUCCUGCACCUGGAAGGACGGACAGGGACAGCCGAAAAGAAGCUGGCCAGCUGCGAAAAGACAGUGGCUGAUCUCGGGAACCAGCUGGAGGGCAAGUGGGCGGUGCUGGGGACCCUGCUGCAGGAGUACGGGCUGCUGCAGAGGCGGCUGGAGAACUUGGAGAACCUGCUGAGGAACAGGAACUUCUGGAUCCUGCGGCUGCCCCCCGGUAUUAAAGGAGAUAUCCCAAAGGUGCCUGUGACAUUUGAUGACAUCUCCAUCUACUUUUCCACUCCAGAGUGGGAAAAAUUAGAAGAAUGGCAAAAGGAACUUUACAAGAAUAUCAUGAAGGGCAACUACGAGUCGCUCAUUUCCAUGGAUUAUGCCAUGAAUCAACCUGAUGUCUUAUCUCAGAUUCAGCCAGAAGGGGACCAUAAUACAGAGGACCAGGCAGGGCCAGAGGAAAGUGAGAUUCCCACAGAUCCCACUGAAGAGCCUGGCAUUUCAACAUCGGAUAUUCUGUCUUGGAUUAAACAAGAGGAAGAGACCCAGGUCGGCACCCCACAGGAGCCCAAGGAGAGUGACGUGUGCAAAAGCACCUAUGCCGACGAAGAGCUUGUCAUCAAAGCUGAAGGCCUCGCCAGAGCCUCCCUGUGCCCCGAGGUGCCCGUCACCUUCUCUUCUCCACCAGCAGCAGCUAAGGAUACGUUUCGGGACGUGGCCUUCAAAAGCCCGCAGUCUGCGCCCAUGGCGCCGUUUGGACGUCCAGCCACCGAGCUGGCCGAAGCUUCUGAGGGACAAGUGACUUUCACUCAGCUGGGCAGCUACCCCCUCCCGCCUCCGGCCGGGGAGCAGGUGUUCUCGUGCCACCACUGUGGCAAGAGCCUCAGCCAGGACAUGCUGCUGACCCACCAAUGCGGCCCCGCGGGGGAGCGCCCGGCCCCCUGUGCCCAGUGCCCCAGGCACUUUCCCCCGCACGCCGACCGCGGCCCGCAGCCGCCCGCCAGCGAGACGCCACCCACCUGCCCGCACUGCGCCAGGACUUUCACUCACCCGUCCAGACUCACCUACCACCUUCGGGUCCACAACAGCACCGAGCGCCCCUUCCCCUGCCCCGACUGUCCCAAGCGCUUCGCCGACCAGGCGCGCCUGGCCAGCCACCGGCGAGCCCACGCCAGCGAGCGGCCCUUCCGGUGCGCGCAGUGCGGCCGGAGCUUCAGCCUGAAGAUCAGCCUGCUGCUCCACCAGCGGGGCCACGCGCAGGAGCGGCCCUUCUCCUGCCCUCAGUGUGGCAUCGACUUCAACGGCCACUCGGCCCUGAUCCGCCACCAGAUGAUCCACACGGGCGAGCGGCCGUACCCCUGCCCUGACUGCAGCAAGAGCUUCAUGCGCAAGGAGCACCUGCUCAACCACCGGCGGCUGCACACGGGCGAGCGGCCCUUCAGCUGCGCGCACUGCGGCAAGAGCUUCAUCCGCAAGCACCACCUCAUGAAGCACCAGCGCAUCCACACGGGCGAGCGGCCCUACCCCUGCGCCGAGUGCGGCAGGAGCUUCCGCUACAAGCAGACGCUCAAGGACCACCUGCGCUCGGGCCACGGUGGCGGCUGUGGUGGGCAUAGUGACCCCUCUGGACAGCCGCCGGACCCCCCGGGCCCCCUCCUAACUGGGCUCGAAACCGCUGGCCUGGGCGUUAACACCGAAGGUCUAGAGGCCAAUCAGUGGUAUGGGGAAGGGACUGGAGGCGGGGUUUAGUAAAUCUCUCUCCUUUCAGGGUUAGCCGUGCUGGCAGCGGGGCAAGAGGCAAGCCCAGAAGCCCCUGCCCCCCGCUAACCCGGUGGUAAUGCCUGCCUGGCACGUCAGUGAAUUGGGGGUCCUGUGCACUUGACUAGAGGCGUGCUUGAGUUUCGGAACUUCACAAGAGCAGCACAUUGUGAAACCCAGGAAGACCUGGAGGAGAGCCCAGCUUCCUCAUCUUUUCAAAAACAUUACCUAAGCAGAAGUUAUAAGAAUGUUGCAGAGAGGUUGGAAAGCAAGAUUCGGCCUCUGGUGGUCCAUCACAGGGUAAUUCGGCCUCUGGUGAUCCAUCAGUAGGUAGAGUCAGGUGCGUGGAAGAGCCUCCAAGGCUUGAAGCCCAUUCUGCGGCAGAGAAUGUUUAACUGAGCCUUUCAUCACCUCCUUGAUGGUAGGAUGGUUCUGGAAGAAAGUGCCCAAGCCUGGGCACCACUCCUGUUCCUCCCAGACAGUGGCUCCAGUUGGCUCACGUGCUUGGGUACUGUCUCUCCCGAAAUGAUGACUCAAGACUGCCUUCCUAGGUCUCCUAGAUUAAUUCUUCUAAUAUAUUUUGUUUAAUACUGGAUGAGCAAAAAAUUUGACUUUAAAACCUUCUUAA